CUUGGGGCUGCCGUAAAGGGGCGCUACGCCGCCUGCUGGCCAUCACACGGCGCCACCGCUCGCGGGGAGUCCCGUCCGGCCCCGGCCGACGCAGCCCGAGCGGCCGCGGGCUGCCUCGUACCGCGGGCCACAUCGGACUUGGAGAGGCUGCCCCCACGCCGUCGCGGGGCAGGCCGCCGACGAUGCGCUAUCUGAUCCUCCUCGCUUUGGCAAGGGCCCAGUGCCCCGACCGCUGCAACCAGAAGGGCCUCUGCGGCAAGGACGGUCUGUGCGAAUGCUUCACGGGCUAUACCGGACUCGCGUGCCAGCACCGGUCCUGCGUCUCCUCCACGGCGUGGUCCGACGUGCCCAGCGCCACGGAUCAAGCCCAUGCCCCCCUCGAAUGCUCGAACCGAGGCUACUGUAAUCGACAAACAGGGUACUGUGUGUGCGACCCUUUGUUCGAAGGGUUUGCCUGCGAGAAGUUCAGGUGUCCCACGUCUGGUGCGGACCGCUGGGCCUUCGACGAGUUCGGCGAGAAGACGGAGUGUUCGGGCCAUGGGCUCUGUACUUCUAUGAGAGAGGCUGCCAGGUCAUUUGAUGGCUAUCAACUCAACCGAUCAGCACAUCGUUCCGGUGAUUAUGGCGUACCUUAUGAUCUGUGGGACGCGGACCACAUACGGGGGUGCAUCUGCGACCCGGGCUACGAGGGCUAUGCCUGCGAUCUGGUGACCUGCGACAAGGGCGACGAUAGACGGACGGUCGGUGGGACCGACGAAGUUGCUCAUUUAUAUUGUCGAUGCGCUUCUCCUUGCAAUGGGACACUUACGAUGUUCUUGGGUGGUGAAGAAACAUACCCUUUGUUGAAACCUACAGAUACCGCUACAGAGUUGCAAACUCGAUUAGGCUUACUCAGAGCUUUAUAUGGUAACGGGUAUGUUCAGUUCCCGGAACCGAUCCAAGCUAGAUCUAUACCUGCGGGACCGCUCUGUUCGCCCACGGGUACUCUUACAUCGAUAACGUUUCUCAGGGAUAGCGGAGAUAUACCACCUUUAUGGGUCGACGCGGCCGAACUCGAAUCGCCCUCGAAGGAGGUCUACAUGGAGACGAACCAGACUUUAAGUUGUUCCGGUGCGAAUGGUGGUUCGUUCGUGUUAGUUUAUGAUGGUAGAACUACCCAUAAACUAGAUCAUGACGCGACAGCUUCAGAGGUGCAGCACGCGCUCCACUCGUUACCGACACUCAAUGAAGGCGAUGUGAGAGUGGAGACAUUACAUUCGGCCGGCUCAGGGUUAUGUGGAGGCGACUCACUCGUAAUAGCCUUCACGACGCCUCUGGGCAACCAACCGCCCCUCGAGAUCAUUUCUUCGUUGCUCAAGAACGGCGCACCGGGCGGAUCAAUCAACAUCCAACACACGACGGGCACGCGGGAGCGCCUCGAAUGCAACGGCGCGGGCUUCUGCGACAAGGCGGGCAACAUCACGAUCAACUUCGAAGAUACAGUGCUGACUCAGCGUCUGUUGAAGCUAGUUCAACUUGAUUCCUCGCGUCGAUGGCGUCUGAGAGUGGCGUCGAGCCCUCCACGCCAUCGACGCGACGCGUUCCUUGCUUCUCGCCGCGCGAGAGUCGUCUCGCGACCGCGUCGGUCCUGCGCAGGCACCAGCCCCGACGAACGGCACCUGCGCCUGCGACGAGGGCUUCGAGUGGGACCCGGACUAUGGGUCCUGUGGCCGGCCCCAGUUCAACACGUCCGCGUGGACGGGGCUCCAGCGCUGUCCUGGUUAUGUCACAAAAGAUACGGCUUUGGAUCCCGUAGAUGUCCUGAAUUUGCGCUAUGUGUAUAUCGCGGACGCUUCUAACUCAACAGCGGAUGUGAUCCUAGCAGCUAAAAGAAAGGCUGGGGCCAAUAUCUCCUCAUUAAGUGUUCCUGGCGGGAUGUACACGAACGGGCCCUUGGAGCCGCCGGAGGAAUGCGGCGACUGCCCGCAGCAAAGGCAUCUGUGGAACCUUACGAACUCUACGGCCGGUGGCGUCGCGUUAGAUCUGCAGUGGCGGGAGAUCUAUUAUGUUGACAGAGAGAUCAAAGGGUUACGCGUGGCCCAGUUGAAGAACACGACGGCACAGCACGAAGCGGGCCUCUGGAUCGACUACAAAGAAAAAGUGAACCAGUCUCGCGUGUUUUAUGAUUCCGACUCGAUACUGUUAUAUAACCGCUCAAGAACGAUCGAAGGGAUAGCUCUCAACUUAAUCCCAGGAGAACGUGGUUUAUACUAUGCGGAUCCUAAAGGCGACGCACCAGGAGAGAUUCAUUACAUCGACCUAGAACCGAGUAUAGCCCACAACGGGCCGCGAUUGGUUCAUAAGACGCAAGAAACGAACCUAACGCGGACCAUCACCCAGCAAGGUGUUAAGUUGAUAAACCCCCACUCCGUCGCGCUGGAUCUCGUGAAUCGCAAGCUCUACUGGACCGACGCUGGCCAGAGAAACUAUUCCGAUGCCGAUGGGAAAGUCUGGCGAUCAAACCUAGACGGCACGGACGCCGUCUGCGUCCUAGACCGAAACUUGUGGGACCCCACGGGUCUCGUGUUGGAUUUGCGGAACUACAGCAUGAUAGUGCUGGAUGAGAAGCUCCACGACCACGGCGCUGACUCAGCGUCUGUUUCCGCACGUUUCCGAACUUCAAUAUCAUGAAGAUGGCGUCUCCAUGAGACCACAGCGCCGCGACGCCGUCGACGUGGCCGUCGGAGAGUCUACGCGUCUCGUGAACGGACGGAGACGGGUUCGCGACGCUGUCGUUCGACGCAGGCGCGGUCAUAAAAGCGAACAUGGGCUAUGAAGCCGAGAUCCGAGCGAAGGCGGAAAUGAAUGGCAUCAAGCGGAACAUCUACGACUGGUACCGGAAUCAGACGUGGCUCCAAGAGAUCGCUUCCACCUAUGACGCGUCGAGUCACGGUGGCGACAAGUAUGAGAAGGUGAAGCGGCCCUACGGCAUCGUCCACGACGUCGUGAACGACAUGAUCUUCUGGACCGACGCGGGCACGGGCCACGUCGUGCGGAGCGACGUGCACGGCAUGCACGGCGCUGAGACCCCAAAAGCUUACAUGCAGCAGGGCGUGCCCCUGGGGAUUGCUCUCGAUAAUGGGUUGGGCCCGGCACCUAGGACCUUUGUGUUGGAGAACGGCGAGCCCAUCCAGGAGUGCUGGGGCCACGGCUAUUGUGGGGGUCCCGAGACGAACCAUUCUUGUAUUUGCGAUGAGGGCUGGUACGGCAACUGUAAUGUUUCCAGUUGCCCUAAAGGGCCCGCGUGGUUCGACCAGGCCGAUGGUCCUAGGUCUGCGCAUAGGUUGGCCGAAUGUUCCAACGCCGGGACGUGCGACCACGCUACGGGGUUAUGUCGGUGCGGCAUCGGGUUCGAGGGCGGCGCUUGUGAACGGUUGUCGUGCCCAGUGGGUCCGAACGGUGACACCUGUAGUGGUCAUGGCGAAUGCUUGACACUGAGGCAACUCGCGCAGGACGCUUCUUAUAAUGGCGAGCCGACGCCGAUAGCCUACGGGAGCGGUCUGUCCGAGAACUCCACCGCGUGGGACGCGGACUUCAUCCAGCACUGCAAGUGCUACGAACCGGGCUACGGGAACAACUCGUGGUACAAUUUGUCGGCGUGGACCGGGUACGACUGCUCUAAAAGGGCUUGUCCCACGGGCGACAACCCCUUCGUUUCUGGAAGGCAGUUCGAGCGGCAGUACGUCGAGUGCAAGGCGACGGGUGGAUCUCUCCAAUUGACGUUCCGUGGGGCUACUACCCAGCCAAUAGCCUACGACGCGUCUUCUAUAGAAGUAAAGCGUGCUUUGGAAGCGCUGCACACCAUCGGGUCUGUUGGUGUGGAAGGUGACGUGUUCUGCGUCCCACCUUGUGCUACUUGUAGUGGUCCGAACACGUGUGCGUCGGAUAGUGACGCGCACAAGGCCUGCGACGUGUAUGGAUACCCGUUGAACGUCGGGAAUUUUAGCAUUGAAUUCACGUCAGAACUGGGCGACGUGCCGCCCCUUCGAGUGGACUCAUCAAAGCUCCUCGAGGGCACGGUGAAGGUCGGCGAGGCCGUCUCGGGCUCGAAGGCGGACGUCGUCUGCUCGCACCGGGGGACCUGCGACGAGCUUACCGGCGACUGCGAGUGCUUCGCGGCCUAUACGAGCUCGGACGCGAACAACUCGUUCGGCCUGCGGGAGGACUGCGGGGUGAUGCUGUCCUCGGGCUGGGUCGGUAAGAAGUAGUGCUUGUUUUCUUUUUCUGUUAGACGGGUAGUGGUG